UCGCCUAUUCACCCAACAACUGCUAUAACUAUCCGCACUCUUGAUGUAUACCAGCAAAGUCACCGAGUCUGCCCACGAUUCAGUAUCCAAGCUCAAGCGAAAAUGCUGUGUGCCCUUCAUCAUCUUUGUGUGGCAUAUGACAUUUAUCUUGAACUCAAUCGCCGUAUAAACUCCCACCUGGAUAAAUUCCUGGGUCAUGACAUGGACAAUUGGCACAUUCUUAACUCAUGCCCAGCAUGCCAAUACAGCCUCAUAGAUGAGCUGCCUCUUAAGUUUUCUUUUCUCUGUGCAUGUGAUGGCAACAACUCUGCUAAACUCAUUGAUCCCGCAAUACGCAGUGGUGAGGAACGUCCAGACCCUCACUCAGGGAUGUCAUCAAUCUGGCUGACCGAGUCCUAUGUCAACCAAUUCAAAGACAAAGUUUGA